AUGGCCUCGGCCACCAAGGUCCAGCAUUCGAAGUUCGAUGCACAGUCUUUCAACCCCGGACUGAACGUUGUCUACCCUAGUGAUGAGCAGACAACGUCAAAGUUCUCGGCCAAAAUCGAGAUCAUCGCCAUUCCAGGCUUGGGAGCGGACCCCGAAUAUACAUGGAAGAAGAGCAAAGUGCAUUGGCUUCGCGAUGCCAAUAUGCUCCCGAAGAAGAUUCCACAUGCCAAGAUUAGCGUUUUCCAGUAUCAGUCGCAGUGGUUCGGAAAAGGAUCAGUCGACGAACGCAUCGAUAAUGUCGCGAACAAACUACUACAUAGCCUCGAUAGGUCACGAGUGAACCAAACCAAAACGCCCAUCAUCUUCAUCUCGCAUUGUCUUGGGGGCAUCAUUCUCGAGAAGGCCCUGCUCAUGUCAAGAUCGCGCCAAACAGACUUUCCCAACGUGUAUCCUUGGAUCGCUGGAUGCUUCUUCCUCGGUACACCUUUUCACGGCACGUCAAGCCAGUCCAAGGCAAUGGUUCUGGCAUCCAUGGCUGAAGUCGCCGGCUGGGGUACGCCGUCUAGUCUACUCAAGGUCUUGGAAAAAGACUCGGAGAUCUUGCGCAGUCUACUCUCCGAGUUCUCUUAUAUGGCGCGAGAAGCUCAGUUUCGGCUACUUUGCUUCUGGGAAGAGAACGAUAGCGAUUUGGUUAACUAUCUCGUGAAAGGAAUCACAUGGCUCAAAAGCAAAGAGCGCAUUGUUGAACAAUCUUCGGCAACAAUCGAAUCAUUCGACAGCAUCUCUCUCAUGUCGGAUCAUUUCCAACUCAACAAGUUCCCUGGGCCAAAGGAUGGUAACUUCACUUCCGUCUCUGAUGAGAUCCGUGAGACAGCCAAUAAGGCGGAUAGCAUCAUCAAGACGCGUCAGAACAUGCUUCGACAAUCUCAAGUCGAUGAUCGCACCUACCACAGCAUGAUGGAUGCGCUCGGCAAAGGAUUCGCCGACGUAGAAGCCGCCGUAAAGGGCACCUACACAGGAGCGAAGGGCACGAAGUCAUCAUCAGUGUUGGAAAUCGAAAACUUUCAGACCUGGAAGAACUUGAACGCAAGUCCCAUCCUUUGGAUCCAUGGAAAGGCUGGUACGGGCCAAGGUGCGAUCGCAUCUUCUGCUCUUGAACUUCUCCGAAAUGCACAAGCAAACAACUCUAUGAUCAUAUCGUUCUUUUGCGACCAGGGCGACACGAUGCGACGAUCGCUGAAAGGUCUGCUGCAAAUGGCUGUCCGCCAGAUGAUCGACAUGGACCAAGAUCUUGCCCGACACCUGCUUUCAGAUUCUCGGAGCAGCAAAGACGCUGGAAAGCAAAGCUUUGACACUGAAGAGAUACUCAAGGUGCCUGCUUUAUGGAUAGCACUACAUAAGAUGGCGCGGGAUCUGCCUAACACUAAGAUCUACAUCGUGGUGUAUGGUGUGGAGCAGCUUGCGGAAGAAUCGUUGGAACAAUUCUUGCGGUACAUGUCAGAGACGCUAGAGACCGAGGGUACGACAAACGAUGAAGAAGAGUGUCAACCCGUUAGAUGGCUGCUUCUCAAUCGCAGCGGGCGCCCGAACAUCGAGAAAUGCUUGAGACCGCGAUCGUUGGAGAUCAAUCUGAGCGACGCGGAGAACUCUGCGCAGAUUAGUGACGACCUCAAAGCGCACAUAUCAAACAGCGUCGACGAGCUGGAUCUUCCAAGGUCUUUGGCAUAUUUCGUGAAGCGCCACAUCUACUCGCGCGCGGAAGACAACUGGAUCUACGUUAGUCUAGUCGUACAAGAAGUCAAGAAUGCGUGGGUCCCCGGAUCUACACAGCACGCACAGAUCCGAAGACUGUUGGAGUCAUUUCCGUAUGGUCUGACCGACAUGUUUGAGCACGUGCGAAAGCGCGUCCUAAACCCACAAGCGGAGGGCCAUGAAUACACGAAAGAGAUAUUGCGUUGCAGAAUCUCGGCGUAUGUAGCGCCCACCAUGCGCGAACUUGCGAUCAUGGCCGAGCUACCUCAGCAACAUCGCAACGAUGUGGACAAGCUGAAAGCAUACAUAGUUCGCUGUGGUGCAUUCUUCACCUUGAGAGGUAACGACUGGGAUCUGGAUAACAGCACUGUCGAAUGGAUCGAUAUCUCCGCACAGGAACAUCUCCGACAGUAUGCAAAGAACGACUUAUCUCUGGAUCUCGACGAUGUUCAGCAUGGCAUCAUCGCGUUGCGUUCGUUGGAGUAUAUAUACGACGCCGUCAAACAUCAAGACACCGCAGAACACGAGCUAGAGGACGAUAGUGAAGAUCAAGAGGAAGAAAAAGAGGAAGAAGAGCCAGCGGAGGAUCUUGAGGUCGAAGCAGAAGAGGCGACCGAUACGACCGAAGCCGACAGCAAGUCAGUACACGAUAGCGUCAGCCAACAAAGCGAACAGGACGAUCAUGACCAACAGGACGAAGACGAUGAAGAUGAAGAAGAAGACGAGGCUGAUUCAUCCUCGGUUGGAGAAGAAAAUCAAGACGAAGGUCUGCUAGACGUUGAUCUACGAUAUCCUGUUCGGUACUGGGUGGAACAUGCGAAGCGAGCACCACCGGAUGUGCUCGAAGAGAUUGACUUCGACCACUCGUUCUGGCAAGAAGCCUCUGACGCUCGUCAAAAAUGGUGGAAGACCAUAGAAGAAGUUCACAACAUGACAGAUCAAAAAGACGUAUCGCCACUCCAUGUCGCUGUAAUCCUCGAGUUCCCUGCUUUAGUCGACCACAUCCUUAGCCACAGGGAGACGGCGGAUGUCCACUUACAAGACUCACUGGGUUUCCAGCCUCUGUAUUACGCAUGCGAUGGUGGCUGUGGAGAGAUUGUCAAUGCGCUACUGGGAGCAGGUGCUGACAUUGACUUUUCGAGCAGCAGCGCCAAUCCUACCGCGCUGCAUGCUGCGUCAAGGAACGGCCACUACGAUGUUGUCAGCACUUUACUCGACCGCGAGGCCGAUGUAAACGCCUCGUCGUCGGACCAUGGAACAGCGCUUUACGCGGCUGCGGGCAACCUCGAAAAUCGCGUCGUGAAGCUUCUGCUCGACCGCAACGCCGAUGUCAACGUCAUUGGUGGCCCUGGCCGAAGAGCGCUGAAUGUGGCCGCAUUCUCAGGCAAUACUGAAGCUGUUCGCCUAUUGAUCGAGAGAGGCGCUAGUAUUGACCCCAACGAAGAGUACUUCUACGGGUCUGCACUUGGUGCCGCCGCCCGUCGUGGACAUGCUGAUGUUGUCCGUUACCUCUUGUCACAGUCGUGGAACCUGAGCCGACCGAUGAAGACCUAUGGAAGCUUCUUGAACGCAGCUGCUACCUACAACCAUCUAGAAGUCUUCGAGAUCUUGCUCGAGAAAGAGGAGCGCGUUCUCGUGCUCGAACAGGCAUUGCAAGCUGCUGCGCAACGGGGCUACGAUGCUAUUGUCAACGCCGUUCUGGAAAAAGAAUCCAAAGUACCGUCGUGCAUCAUCAGGUACCAGAGAGCGUUUUCUUUGGCCGCCUUCUACGGUAGAACGGAAGUGCUCAAGUUACUUCAUCCAAAGGGAAUCGAUCAAACGCAACUAGACGAGGCCCUGUAUCAGGCUACCGACAACGAGCACCUGGAGACCGUGGAGCUGCUUCUCGACUUUGGCGCCAACACAGAUACGGAAGGGCCUACGUAUGGCUUUGCGUUAGCCGCCAGUGCAUACGACGGUACAGCAGACAUCAUGAAGGCUCUUCUUGAUAAAGGCGCGGACGUCAACAAACGCGGUGGAGAUUACGGCACAUGCAUCCAGGCCGCUGCAUGGCAUGGUGAUGCCGACAACGUUCGACUGCUACUUGAGCGCGGAGCCAAGCUCAAUACUGAACCAAUUGGUUAUUACGGCACCGAGCUGCAAGCUGCUGUUCAUACUGGCGAUGAAGACACCAUUCGCCUUCUUAUCGAAGAAGGAGCUGAUGUGAACGCAUUCGGAGGGCACUUCUCGUAUGCCAUUGUUGCUGCGGUGGAGCAAGGCGACAGCACUGCAACCAAGAUUUUGUUUGAACAUGGUGCUAAUGUCAACGUACGCGGAGGGGAGGAUAAUUGGCCAGUGAUUUCAUUGGCAGCAUCUACAUUGCUCACUGAAAACCUGGAGCUCCUCUUGCAGAACGUCCACGACAUCAAUGCAGCCUGCGCUAGAGGUACAACAGCUUUGAUCAACUGCGCCGACUCAUGCGAUGCAGAUGGGCUGAGAUUCCUUAUCUCUCACAACGCCGACGUGCACAUUUCAAGCGACAAGUACGGUACAGCACUCCACGCUGCAGCGGCCGAAGGCGAUGAGGAAUGUUGCGAGGUAUUGCUCCAAGCUGGCGCGGAUGUCAACGCUGUUGGUGGGCCAUAUGGAACGCCGCUGCAAGCUGCUGCAUGGGCCGAGGAUAUGGAAAGUGUCCAAGUCUUACUGAAAGCCGGUGCCGACAUUAGCAUCACGGAGCCCAUAUCCGGUGAGUAUGGUUCGGCUCUACAGGCGGCUUGUGCUGCUGGCUCAUUCGACAUCGUCAAAGAGCUGUUACAGCAUGGUGCGGCUGUCAACAUCCGGCCAGCGAAUGGAAAGUUUGGCGGUGCACUCUCUGCAGCCGCUGCCGGCGGCUUUGACAAAAUCGUAAAGCUCCUCAUCAGACAUCACGCCGAUGUAAACGCUAGUGGUGGCUUACACGGAUUCCCCAUCCUGGCUGCCGCUCAGUCUGGCGUCUUACCCGUCGUGCAACGCUUGCUCGACAACGGUGCCAAUGCUUCAGCGCAAGGAGGUUUACUUGGCUCUACGGUAUCUGCAGCAGCUUACGGCAACGACCUGGGCGUGUUACAGCUACUGAUAGAACAUGAGGCCGAUAUACACGCAAAGGGAGGGAAGUAUGGCGACGCCCUACAAACGGCAGCGAUGAAAGCCGAUAUGGCUAUCAUUGAGGAAAUUCUCGACCGAGCUAUCGAACUUGUUAAUCAUCAUGAUGGCAAGUAUCACACUGCUCUUGUGGCUGCCUCAUACUUCAAUCGUAUGGAAGUGGUUGUCAAGCUACUUGAUGCUGGAGCAGACUUUCGGGUUCAGGGCGGAAUGUACCGAAGUGCUAUCUCCGCGGCUGCCAUCCGAGGCAACAAGACUGUUCUGGACAAGUUUCUCGCGAUGAAACCUCCGGAUAAUCUCUUGGAUGAAGCGUUCGUUGAAGCUUGCGCUCAUCGUCAAUCAGCCUGUGUGGACGCUUUACUCAAAGCGGGCGCCAACGUCUACGCACGACAUCCGAAUCGAGGGUCUGCAACCGAAGCACUUGACACAUCAGAAGAAGAGGAUGAAAAUUCCGAUCUGGAUGAUGACGAUGAUGAGGACGAGGAAGAAGAUUCCGAUGAUGAAGAGGAGGAAGAGACUGAUGACGACAAAUGGGAAGGUGACGACGUCUCCGUGGCUGGACAGACGGACGCAGGCAGUGUCACCGAUGUGGAACUUGAAGAAGAUUUGUCGGAAGAGGCCAAGAUACGAAAACUGUUGAGAGAGGCACAGGAUCGCUGCAAACGCAACCCAACAGUGAAGCGGUUCAGGACCGUAAAGCACCAAGAGAUUCCGUCAAGCCUUAGUGCUGGGAUAAACCGCCGUCGUCCGGUACCACCAUUGCCCUUGCAAGCAGUGCGCGAAUCCAGUUUACACAGCGAUGAAAAGGAAGUUGCACCACCACAUGGCCAGCACUCCCAGGAGCCCUGGAGUCUGCCUUUUCACCUCAGACCGGGAAGGGCAGAGGCUGUAACGGUUACACAUGCUCAGCCGGCUCCAGAGGUCCCAGUAUCUUCGUACGCUGGCCAUUCAUCCCCUAUACCUGCUCAGGGCAAACUUCAAUCUCCACCAUUAUCGUCCGAAGGUAUGCGAUCGUCCAUUGACGACCGACAACGACAAGACUCGGCCUCUUCGCUCCCAUCACAGAGACACAGCUCGAUUGGAUCCACAGCUAGCGUCCCGCAGCCUGACAGCACGACGUUGAGAAAGGGUAGUGCAGACCACGGACUCAAGAGGAACAGCAAGGCUGUCAAUCGCAAGUCAGUCGCAAACCUGGAAGCAGUCAAUCGGUACCACCAGCAGCGGCAGUCAAGCUACUCGAAGCCCACACCACCGCUAGACCGAUCAAUAUCAGAACACGACUACGCUGCGCGGGGGCAAUAA